AUCUAUCUAACUCUACGUUCAUGACAUGUCGGUAAAGUGGAUGUAAAUGUGAUUUAUUGAUGAUAAUUCUUUACAACUACGAGCAAAUGACUUUUACUUGUAUAAGAGUGUUUAUAAAUUAUAAUACCGUUAAUCUAGAUUAAAUAAUUCAGAUUUCUAUGUGUGAAAACACUGGGGGUAAAUAACGGGUGUUUACGCCUGUCUAUCACUUCUCCGACGCACCGUGAACGCAGCAUUCCGUUAGCUUUCAGCAGCGGUCACCACGGCGACGCGUAUGGAAACGCUCCUCCACCAAUCACAGAGUGAGGCCGUACAAACGAGCCAAUCAGAGGGCCCCGUGUCUCGGUGGCUUCCGCAGUCAGAAGUUAGAACAGUAGAAGAAGAAACGCUCGUUUCUGUUGUAAACAGGAAAGUUUAGCGAGCUAGCUCGUUAGCAUGUGAGCUAGCAGCGUGCUAGCUCUCGUUGUUGUGGGGUUUAAUGACCCGGAACUCGGUGUGAAAGUCACUGUAGCGUCUCCAUAGAAUCAAUGAAAACCCGGGAUUUAGCGGCGACACCGCCACCGGUUCACGUCCACGUACCGGAGACGACACCUGUGUACGUUCACCUGAGGAGGAGGAGGAGUCCCGGCAAAUCCCCGCAGAACAGAACCAAAGAAGUCCAGGUGAAGGGAGACGGAGGGAAACCCAAGGCCCGGUCGCCAUGGAUACCUCCAGGAAGACUGUCCCGCAGAAAGAGCGUGGAGUUGAACAAGUGUCAGGAUCAGAGAGGGCGGGGUCAGCAUCAGUCAGAGAGCGUGAACAGACGUCAGCAGGAGGACGAGACGCCUGCAGAGUCCAACCUCUGUCUCCUGCUCCGAGAACAGGAAGACAUUCAGUGUCUGAAGAGGUCAGAUUGUCAGGGUCAGCACAGAGACGCUGACCUUCUCCUCAGAGCCCUCGUAGAAGCCGAGGUCGACGGCGUCGCCGUAGCCAAUCAGCUUUCAGCCCUGAAGGAGACGGUCACCAGCCUCACCAAGGAGAAGCAGCUGUCAAAGAGUCACACGGCGUCAGUGGGACGACAGCAGGAGCUGCUGCUGCACAAGAUCCACAUGUUUGACCAGAGCAACCAGAGCCUGAGACAGCUGCUCCGAGAGAGGGGCGGACACGAGAGAGAAUCACUGCUGUGGUCAGAACACACGGACGCUCUGAAGCAGAGACUGACCGACAGUGAAGCUGAGAACUCUCGUCUUCAGGCCAAACUUGCCAACAAAGAGAAAGAGGCGUCCAAACUCGCCGAGCACUUGGACUUUGAAAAGGACAGCGUCAAGACGUCGGACGAGCUUUCGAGAAUCCUGGAGUCGAAGCGCGAUCAUCUGGAGACGCAGCUGAACAGAGUCGAGGAUGAGAAGUCUCGUCUGGCUGCUCACAUUCAGAGGAUGCAGCAGAACCAGCAGCAGCAGCAUCAGGAGCUCCACACUCUGCAGAAGGAGCUGCUCGCUCAGAGGCAGCGGCGGAACGACGACCACGAGUGGGAAGCUCUGACUCGGCUGACUCAGCACGCCGAGCGAGCCGAGGAGUCCGUCAGAGAGCUCGCGGGGAAGCUUCACGAGAAGGAAAGUGAACUGGCCCGAGUUCUGUCCACGUCCAGUGACUGGUGUCUGCGACACUCCAGAGAAGCUGCUGCCAAAGUGAAGCUCGAGGAGGAAGUGGCUGCACUCAGACUUCAGGUGACCGAGGCGAACGCUCAGCUUCGCUUGGUGGAGGAGAGGAGUCGAGCGGAGAGGGAGGAGCUUAGGAAGCAGAUGCACCACGUCAGCGCUGAGAACGCGUCCAACAAACUGGAGAACCAGACGCUCAAGGCCGAGUCGUCGUCGUGUGAGGAGAAAGUGCGCCUCCUGCAGUCUGAAGCUCGUCAGCUCAAGUUGUCCAUCAAGAAGUUGGAGAACGUGGUGGAGAAAUAUAAGAAGAAGGUGCAGGAGGCGCGGCAGGAAGCGGACGACCUGUGCCUGAAGCUGCAGGAGACGCAGCAGGAGACGCGGGAGGUGCAGGAGAGCCUGGAGCAGGAGAAGGAGCGCGUGAGGAGGGAGCUGCUGGCACGACUGCGAGAGCUCGAGACCAUGCCCGACCGACUGAGGAGGGCGGAGCAACAGCUGCGGGACGCACAGCAGGAGGCCGACGCCCACCAGAGGAGGAACAUGGAGCACUGCUCCGCCCUCUCUGAGGUCAGACACAAGGUGGAGCAGCAGGGAGCUCAGCUGCAGACGUAUCAGCAGAGGAAUCUUCUGCUGCAGGAGGAGAACGACGUCCUCACAGAGAAAACACACAACUUAGAGAGAAAGCUGGAGAAAAUGAAGUCAGAAAACAGAGACAUGUGUGACACUGUGACGUCACAGGACGACAUUCAGCAGCAGCUGGAGGACAAAACUCUGGAGUGCAGCGUCCUCACGAGACAACUGCAGCAGACUGUGGACGACGCUCAGAGACAGGUCGACGACGGCGUCCACAAAGUUCUGGUCAAAGAACGAGUGUCUCAGUCCAAAGUUCUGGAUCUGCAGAGUCAACUGAGCCGAGCCAAAUCAGAACUGAGUCAACAGCAGAGAAGCAAAGAGCAGAUGGAAAACCGCUUCCAGACUCAUCUUCAGAACCUGAAGGACAGACUGGAUCAGUCUGACUGCACCAACAGAACUCUGCAGAACUACAUCCACUUCCUGAAAACCUCCUACGGAAACGUGUUCGGUGACUCGUGGGUCGGGAGCUGACGGAGCUGUAAUCUGACAGAACUGUAAUCUGACAGAACUGUAAUCUGACGGAGCUGUUAUCUGACGGAGCUGUUAUCUGACAGAACUGUAAUCUGACAGAACUGUAAUCUGACGGAGCUGUUAUCUGACGGAGCUGUAAUCUGACAGAACUGUAAUCUGACAGAACUGUAAUCCGACGGAGCUGUAAUCUGACGGAGCUGUAAUCCGACGGAACUGUAAUCCGACGGAUCUGUAAUCCGACGGAUCUGUAAUCUGACGGAGCUGUAAUCUGACAGAACUGUAAUCCGACGGAGCUGUAAUCUGACAGAACUGUAAUCUGAUCAUGAAGCUCAUAAUAUUAAAAUCAUGACGAUUUUAA